CGCAGGGCGAGGGGUGCUUCUGGAGCUGUAUGCAGACCUUCUGCUGAGUGGGAGUUGAGCUGCAGAGACAGUGAGGGAUUUUUGGUGCUGCAGAAUCGACACACUCCUAGGCACCUGCAUCCUCUUUUCACUCUCUCUGGGUGGGAAGAGUUGAGGCUGUGGAGAGUAGAAGGGCAACUCCGCAGAACAUCCUCAGCUCUGGCUCCUGCUGUCCCCCCCUCAUCCCCACCCCCAGCCCAGCCCUUGAGUUCCCCAACUGUGGCCUGAGCCCUGUGACUCACGGACACCACCAGCUUGCCCCUCUGUGAUUCAGCAUGUCCGAGUGGCAUUCCCCACCAGGGCAGAGGCAUACCAUGCAUUUCUGGACAUUGGCCUGGAGGAGCAGAAUCCUCAAGGAUGCCUGGCAUGGCUGGCUGACUGGCACAUCCUCAGAGAUCCCCUACCUUUAGCCUGGAUUUCAGAGGAGCCAGGGAAAACUAUGCUUAGGUGCUUUGGGUUAGAAUGCAAGGCAACACUGGCUCCAGGUUUGGGUUUGCAACCUGAAGGUGUCCUAGUGAGAGGGUCACCUUGCCACAGCAAAGCUUCUAUCUCAGGUUACCUGGUCCUGGCCAUCUCCUAUGCAGCUGAUGAGCAUGAGGCUGACCUGGCCCCAGCUUGGCAACCUGGGAAUGUUGAUUAUUAGCUUCUUAGGGCUCUCCCUGCUAGCCACUCAAGCCCUGCCAGGAGACUAGAAGAACCUCUGCUCAUACCAGAAGUUGUUCUCAACCUUCCCAGGGGUUCCAGAGCCAGAGUAGACUUCAGUGACAAAACUAAGAUGCUCAGAGACCAGCUUUCCCAAGGUCACACAGAGGAGCUUGAGAGAAGAGAGCCAACAUUUACUGGACGUCUUCCUUGUACCAGCGCUGUGCUGUGUUGGCUUGCUCAGAUGCUGUUGGACAUUGGAAACUUUACCUGCCCAAAUCUCAGCUCCUGGUCUUCCCACCAAAACCUCCACUCGCAGAAUUCCUCAUCUCCUUGAGUGACUGCUCCAUCCUCUCAGCUGCUUGGCCAAAACCCCGCAAGGACCUGGAUACCUAGUCCUUGACAAGCAUGAACAAGAUGAAGAACUUCAAGCGCCGUUUCUCCCUGUCUGUGCCCCGCACUGAGACCAUUGAGGAGUCCUUGGCUGAAUUCACAGAGCAGUUCAACCAGCUCCACAACCGGAGGAACGAGGACCUGCAGCUCGGUCCUCUUGGCAGAGACCCCCAGCUGGAGCCCAGCACCUUUUCCCCCACAGACAGCGGGGAGGAGCCAGGGCAGCUGUCCCCUGGUAUGCAGUACCGUCGACGGCAGAACCAACGGCGCUUCUCCAUGGAGGACAUCAGCAAGAGGCUCUCUCUGCCCAUGGAUAUCCGCCUGCCCCAGGAAUUCCUGCAGAAGCUACAGCUGGAGAACCCAGACCUUCCCAAGCCACUCAGCCGCAUGUCCCGACGUGCCUCCCUGUCAGAUAUCGGCUUUGGGAAACUGGAAACAUACGUGAAACUGGACAAACUGGGGGAGGGCACCUAUGCCACAGUCUUCAAAGGGCGGAGCAAACUGACGGAGAACCUCGUGGCCCUGAAGGAGAUCCGGCUGGAGCAUGAGGAGGGGGCGCCCUGCACUGCCAUCCGAGAGGUGUCUCUCCUGAAGAAUCUGAAGCACGCCAAUAUCGUGACCUUGCACGACCUCAUCCAUACAGAACGGUCCCUCACCCUGGUGUUUGAGUACCUGGACAGUGACCUGAAGCAGUACUUGGACCACUGUGGAAAUCUCAUGAGCAUGCACAAUGUCAAGAUUUUCAUGUUCCAGCUGCUCCGGGGCCUUGCCUACUGUCACCGCCGCAAGAUCCUGCACCGGGACCUUAAACCCCAGAACCUGCUCAUCAAUGAGAGGGGGGAACUGAAGCUGGCUGACUUUGGACUGGCCCGGGCCAAGUCAGUGCCCACAAAGACCUAUUCCAAUGAGGUGGUGACCCUGUGGUACAGGCCCCCUGAUGUGCUGCUGGGAUCCACUGAGUACUCUACCCCCAUAGACAUGUGGGGCGUGGGCUGCAUCCACUACGAGAUGGCCACGGGGAGGCCCCUGUUCCCUGGCUCCACGGUCAAGGAGGAGCUGCACCUCAUCUUCCGCCUCCUGGGGACCCCUACUGAAGAGACGUGGCCCGGCGUGACCGGCCUCUCUGAGUUCCGCGCCUACAACUUCCCCCGGUACCUCCCGCAGCCUCUCAUCAGCCACGCCCCCAGGUUGGAUACUGAUGGCAUCAGCCUUCUGACUGGCCUCCUCCUGUAUGAAUCCAAGAGUCGCAUGUCUGCAGAGGCUGCCCUGAGUCACCCCUACUUCCGGUCUUUGGGAGAGCGUGUGCACCAGCUUGAAGACAGAGAUCCAGCUGCAGAAGGACCCAGGCUACCGAGGCUUGGCCUUCCAGCAGCCAGGACGAGGGAAGAGCCGGCGGCAGAGCAUCUUCUGAGCUGUGGCCACCCUGCUACAGCCUGAGGGACUCGUGGUCACAUCGAGCACAGAUUUGGGUAGGAUGGGGCCUGUGUGGUCCUUUGAGGACUGAGGCACGAGGGCUUACUGUGGACCCAGAAGACUGUUUGGCAGCCCUGCUGGCCACGGCUGUUUCUUCUCUCUGCUUCCCACUUGCCUCCCCUGUGGCCUUCACCUGGACUCCAACCCCUCCAUCACUGGGCUGGGCAUGAGCUGGUUCCCUGAGAGAGAGUGAGGGGGCAGGGAGGGAACUUGGACUCUCAUCGACCCUGAAGUGUUCAGGCACCAAUGUGAGAUGCACAUGGACAGGAAAAUUUGGGCACCAGACUGGGUGCUGUGCCCUGGACACAGGUUCCAACAUGCCUCCCCCUACUACCUGCUUAUCUUACAGAACCUCCCCAUUUGGCCCCUUGAAGCCCAUACAUGUUUUUCACCUUUUUCCCCUUUGAGAACAGCACCUUGCCUGGGAUCCCAUGAUCUUGAGUUCUCACCUGUGUGACAAAGCCCACCCCCACCUGAGGGGCAGGUGUCCCCACAGCAAAGAAGGAAUAGUAGCCCGCCUCCUUUUUCCAUCCCCUGCUCUCCUUCCCCCUCCAUGCCAGAGGCCCUCUAUGCCCUCUGGCCCAAACCAAGGCUGAGCAGUGCUGGUUUGCUGCAGAUGCCCAGCUGUGUCCAGAGGUGGCCUGGGUCUGCCAGCUACACAAAUGCCACCUCAGCCAGCCCCCUCCCAUCUCCCCAGUCUGAACAGAGUUGCCUUAAAUUGGCAGGUGGUAGAGUGUUCACUGCCCUUGGAGCUCCUGUCUGUCCACCCCUCCCGAGAGUGGCUCCUGCUUAUCUAAUCAUCCCUGAGCACUGAUUAGCCAGCCUGGGUCAGGGUCCUGGGGACGGCCCCCAGAUACACAGGGUCACCCUGACACUGGUGUCAAGCCAAUCUCAGCUCCUUGGGGCAGGCACAGCCUCCCUGAUCCUCCUUCCCAGCCCUUCUCAUCUGCUCACCUGAUCCUGGUACCAGCCUCCCCCUGCCCCUGCCUCCCCACAGAUUGGUUAUGACAGGGAGGUAUAAAUGCCACAGUCUGAGAUAGAGAAGAAAGGUAGGACACCACAUCCUGGAAGCCUGAGGAGCCAUGGCCCCUGAAGAAGGCUCCCCUCUGUGCUCCUGAGGUCUUCUCCACAGUUGGUGACCUUGAAUUACAGAGGCCGAGGGGAGGCCAGGCCCCACCUUUCUACCCAUACCCCUGCCCAGCUCAACUCCUCCAGCUUGAGGAGUACUGGAGAGUCUUGGGGCCCCCCAGCCCUCCACUUCUCCCCCACCCCAUACUGUGAAUGUCCUGUGACUCAGCACAAAGACAGAUAAUAUAUUUAAUUCAUGUACAGAAAGGACUGAGCAGUGUCAUGCAGAAAAGCUAAUUUUGAUAGAUUGAUGCCAAAGAUGGAGCCUAAUGAGUGUGGGUGGGGCUUGCCUUUAUGUAUGUAUGUAUGUGUGUAUAUAAAGUGAAGGGAGAGUUUG